UCGGCUCUGCGAUGAACUAAUUGAUAUUAAAAGGCGGGCAAAGCCGCAACGAUCGUCACUUAUUGUCCGUCUUCACUCAGGGCGAAACAGAACUCACCCACCCAGUAGAUUGUUCGCUGAUAAAUUCUGAAUUAACUAAUUCACUACGGCCAUCCAUUGGAUCUCCCACUUCUUCCAUCCUUCCUUCUCGCUCGCACAACCCUUCAUCCUUUGGAAUCGUCCUAAACUUAGUGGUUAUUUGUCGAUCGCUCUAUCAUCAUCUAUGGCACCCCGCAACGCGGGUCAUUUCCGCUGCUCCGCAUCCCCUGUUCUUGUUAAUCUUAGCCUUUCAAGACUAUCGGUUCGAUAGCAGGUCGUCCGGGUCCUAAUAUGGAGCCGGCUUCUAAAGCGCAAACCCGCAAAUCAACCUCCGCCGGGGACCAAGCGCCUCGGAAAAGACGCAAAAGGACUGUAGUGACUGGGGCAGCGGAGGACUGCUUCACAUGUGCCCGGCAAGGCUUUCCCUGCGACCGGCGACGCCCCUUUUGCUCCCAAUGCCUUGACCAUGGCCGAGAAUGCUCGGGAUAUAAGACGAAAUUGACCUGGGGUGUCGGCGUUGCUAGCCGCGGAAAGCUCCGGGGAUUGUCGCUUCCUGUAACAGGGUCACAACCGGCUGCGACACCGUCAGCAGCGUCUGGCCCCAUAGACUUUCAGAGGCAGCCGGAAAAUGGUUCGCCAUCAAUAUCACCACCGUCUUACAAGUCUCUCCCAGUCUUAACUUCGCUGGCGGCGUCACCUGUGCCUCAAGAACCGCAGCGGUCGCCGUCGGUCCCAGAAGCCCAUAGGAAUACGACCUGGAUACCUGGCGUACCUGACCCCCAAACGUGGCCUACCGGUUCUCCUCUCUCGGUACAUCGUGGCCCGUGGAAUGAACUAGAUCAGCACGAAACAGGGACGUUAAACGACGCAUCGAAACCACCACCCUCUCACAAGAGACCGGAUCCGUCAACAGGCUGUCAUAAUGCGGCGGUCGAUGCGGACUUAUGGUCUAACCAGACACAAGCAAAAAGUAACGCAACAGAGGAAGAAGUCACGGGAAAGGAGCAAGAAAGUACAGACAGUGCGCUACAAAUGGCCACUUGUCAUUCACCCUCGCUAUCGCAGUUACUUUUAGCACGCUCCGUCGGACGUACUCCUCGUCUUCGGUAUUUAAUCAGCUACUACGCUGAAGUCAUAGCGCCGAUGAUCGUUGCCUUCGAUGGCCCAGCAAACCCGUUCCGCACGUAUGUCUUGCGCUUAGCACAGGAGAGCCUAUCUCUUCAGGAAGCUAUAGCUACGUUAUCCACAAGUAACUUACGGCAGAGACACGAGCGGAGGAUGAGGUCGACCGAACGAACCCUUCCAGCUCGCCUAUCGUCGUUAGCCCACCGGGCUUUGACGGACGAGGCCUUCCGAGAUGAAUACGGUGUAUUGGGACCUGACGGAUUCGCUCGGGAGGAACAAUUUCACCGAGGUAUGGCUGUCAAGGCUCUAAAUAUGGAACUGGCCGACCCGCAUGAGAGACUAUCGGAUUCUGUCCUUGCAACACUGCUGGUACUUUGUUUGUUCCACGUCUGUGAUACUGGGGUCGCUCAAUUCAAGACCCAGUUCGCUGGUGUGACGAAGUUGCUGGCUAUUCGAAUGCGCAAUUCGCUCCGGAUAUCAGAGGAGUUGAAGUGGUUCAUUCGUAUGUUCACCUGGUUUGACACGAUGACGGCCACCACCAAUAAUCGUGAAACCCAACUUCGCGGUACCUGCUUGGAUAUUGCCACUGUUUCGGACGGCGAAUGGGGACUGGAGAACCUUGCCGGAUGUGACCCAAGCCUAUUCAAAUUCAUUGCCCAGUUAGGUCGCCUAAAUCUUUUAAGUCAAGACCGAGAGAGUAGGGCGCCGGCACUUCCAGACGUGUUUGUCCCCUCUUCGACUCCUCCGCCGUCCAUGACAUACUACUACCCGUCAGGUUCGCUGACGUCAGAUAUGUCUGUGGCAAGCGAUUCAUAUUCACUUCCGCUGCCGUAUCCAUCACAAUCAAGUGACCACACAAGGCGACCCUCAUCGCCGACCUUUUGGGCUGAGUGGUAUUCGUUACGGCAGAAGCUUGAGUCAUGGCGCCUUCCAGGCCAGCCUAGCCAGCCCUUUAAUGCUGGCUUCGCGCCUAUCGCAACGACUACAAAUGCCUAUAUUUCGCCACCUUCAUCACCGUCAUCUCACUCCGUUAUUGCUCCUCAGAACCUUGAGGAUGUUUUCCACAUUUCCGAAUCAUUCCGUCACUCUGCAAUCCUUUACACUGAGCGACUUGCGUAUCCGGAUCUGCCAUCGAACCAUCCUCGCAUUCAAUUUCUUGUGCACCGUGCAAUGCAACAUAUAUCGUCAGUCAAAUCAGACGUGUAUUUACUCUGGCCGCUUUUUAUUACUGGCUCGGAGUGUGUGCUUGAAAGCCAUCGUACAUUCAUCAGAGAGCGCUGCAAUGACAUCUCUAAAGAUUCCGGGUUUUUGAAUAACCUCUCGUGUCUGGAGCUUUUGGAAAAAAUAUGGAUGGAGAUCCCCACCGCCACCGAAGUUGGUGAUGACACUGGCCGUGCAUCACGUGGUACAUAUCUGGACCCAUUUGGAGAUGUCGUGUCGGCAGCGGCUCCUUAUUGCGAGACAUCGGUGUCUUUACCGGUUGGCAGACCACAUGGGUUCCGAUGGCACCAGGUGAUGCAGGCCAAACGGGCCGAGGGAGAAUAUAUGGUGGUGUGA